UAACGGCUCUGCUUCGUGGACACCCUUCGCAGAGAAGAAAAAAAACGAGAGAAAAACAACUCAUCUCUCUCUCUCGUGAGGUGGCGGGCGAGCCCGAGGAGCGGAGGCCACAAGUCUAAUCCGCCCGUACCUAAUCCGCUCCAGCUGCCGCAAGGAGGGGGAACGGCAGGGGCGAGCAGCGGCGUGGAGGUCUUGAUUCCGGCUCGUUUCUUGGAGUGCACGGUGGGUGAUCUGGCGCAAUUCUGAAUCCUGACGUAGGGUUCAGUCAUGACUGGAUCCCUUGCCGCCUCGGCGUUCUUCCCUGGCCCUGGGUCUUCCCCCGCAGCAUCAGCUAGAACUUCAAAGGGCACAACUGGUGAAUUACCGGAGAAUUUGAGCGUCCGUGGUAUCGUUGCGAAGCCUAACCCACCUCCUGGUGCCAUGCAAGUGAAGGCACAGGCACAAGCCCUUCCCAAGGUUAAUGGCACCAAGGUUAACCUCAAGAACGUGAGCGCAGACACAGAGGAGUCAAUACCUUACAAUGUUCCGAAGACAUUCUACAACCAGCUGCCAGACUGGAGCAUGCUUCUUGCGGCUGUCACUACCAUCUUCCUGGCAGCAGAGAAGCAGUGGACACUGCUUGACUGGAAGCCGAAGAGACCUGACAUGCUUGUUGAUACAUUUGGGUUUGGUAGGAUCAUCCAGGAUGGACUGGUGUUUAGGCAGAGCUUCUUGAUUCGGUCCUAUGAGAUUGGUGCCGAUCGUACAGCUUCUAUAGAGACAUUAAUGAAUCAUUUACAGGAAACGGCUCUUAACCAUGUGAAGACAGCUGGCCUUCUUGGAGAUGGUUUUGGUGCUACACCAGAGAUGAGCAAGCGAAACUUGAUCUGGGUUGUCAGCAAAAUUCAGCUUCUUGUUGAGCAAUACCCAUCAUGGGGAGAUAUGGUUCAAGUGGACACAUGGGUAGCUGCUGCUGGCAAAAAUGGCAUGCGUCGUGACUGGCAUGUUCGUGACUACAAUUCUGGCCGUACAAUCUUGAGAGCUACAAGUGUUUGGGUGAUGAUGAAUAAGCAAACUAGAAGACUUUCGAAAAUGCCAGAUCCAGUUAGGGCUGAGAUAGGCCCAUAUUUUAAUGAUCGCUCAGCCAUAACAAAUGAACAAAGCGAGAAGUUAGCUAAGCCAGGGAACAACAUUGAUGGUGAUGCUAUGAAGCAGUUCAUAAGAAAGGGGCUCACUCCUAGGUGGGGAGACCUUGAUGUCAACCAGCAUGUGAACAAUGUCAAGUAUAUUGGGUGGAUUCUCGAGAGUGCUCCAAUUUCAAUCCUGGAAAAGCAUGAGCUUGCAAGCAUGACACUGGAUUACAGGAAGGAGUGUGGCCGCGACAGUGUGCUUCAGUCAAUUACCACCAUCUCAAGUGAAUGCACAGAUGGUCACCCAGAAUCCACCAUCCAGUGUGACCACCUGCUUCAGCUGGAGUCAGGAGCUGAUAUUGUGAAGGCUCACACAGAAUGGCGGCCUAAGAGAGCGCAGGGCGAGGGAAACAUGGGGUUUUUUCCAGCUGAAAGGGCAUGAAUGCUUCUGAGGUUAAUCUGGCAAGAACUAGCUCCUAUGAAGUGCAGAAUCUAAGUUUGGCUACUAACACAAAACAAAUGUUUGAUGGGAAGAAGUUUGGUGCUUCUGGAUAUGUGUUACACACAUCCAGAGACUGCAAUGGGUUUGUUGGCCGCUUGUUCUUAUUCAUACACGCGAGAGGUUUCGGAGAGAAUGCUUAGAUGGGGAAAGCCCAGGAGGGAAGGAUGAGGAAUUAGAGGAAAUCUAAAGCCUGGGUUAAGACAGGAAAAAGGGUGGAAUUCUUUCAUCGUGCUCAUAUGAAGGUUCGUAUGGAACGAGAGGAACACACACCAGGUUUUUCAGACCGCGGACGGGCGUGGAUGAGCUGUGUUCUGGUGCUGAUUGCUGAAUGAGAAUGCAGGAGCAAAGAUUUACAGGUAGUGUUCACUAACCCAUGUUGGGUGUGUAGUGGCAGUCCCUUGUAACAGCCUAAUUUGUAAACUCUUAUCGUCUUAUUGAUUGAAUUGCAGCCCUCCUGCUUUUUCAUCAAAAAAAGAGAGAAAAAAGGAGAUCGCUUUACAUUGUC